AUGCUUCUCGUUACAGAAACAUCACAUGAUUGUUCUAUUCAAUUAGAGCUCGAGCGAGUGAGUGUUGAGUGAGCAGAACACAGCUGAACAGGUCUGCGGACAGCUGGGAACGUUAUUUUUGUAUUCUCUCCCGAAGUCAACAUGGUGCAUUUGGACAUUUUAUUUGUGCUGGCCUGGGCAUUACUCGUUCCUAUAACGAGCAGCAAAAAAACUUAUGGUGACAUGUUUCCUCACAAACACAAGUUCCCAUUUCCAUUUCCAAUCCCUGGGUGGCACCCGGACACUAACCCUUGGAACGAAAAUCUAUAUCCUCCAUUCAAACAAGAGCUGACGCACAGACAUGAUAAACCUCCGAGGGUGCGCCUCACGAGCGACAGUCCUGCAAUGAACGGCUCGUGCAUCUCAUUCACUGCAGCACUGGAGUUCCCGCCAUGCCAGAAAUUGGACGCCAAUGGCAACCUGUUGUAUGACGAGCACUGUGACGACGGUAUGGUGGAGGCCUCAGCCAAUGGACAGGUGCGUUCAGAGUAUGUGCUUAACUGGACAUCUUGGUUGGAUGACUAUGGCUUUGGCAAGUGUACAAAUCUGAAAACGUGCAAUGUUUUCCCUGAUGAAAAGCCUUUUCCCCAGACCAGUGACUGGAAACGUAGAGGUUAUGUCUAUGUGUGGCACACCAUGGGCCAGUAUUUUGAGACAUGUGAUGGCUCCUCGUCCCAUCUCACUCUGAACACCACCAACAUGACGUUUGGAGCUGGCGUGAUGGAGGUGAUGGUGUAUCGUAAACGCGAGCGCAGAAAGUAUAGCCCAAUUUCUGCAGACAGUACUGUGUUCUUCAUUACAGAUAAGAUUCCGCUCUCUGUGAAUAUUUCCCAGAAGGAAGCAGCCAACAUAACUGACAAAAAUGUCUUUGUCAGAGGGUCUGAUGUAAUAUUCAAAGUACAUAUCCACGACCCCAGUAACUACCUAAAGACAGCCGAUGCGGUAGACUUUAUUUGGGACUUUCGGGAUGGCAACCACUUGGUCACCCACAGCAAUGUGGCUACCCAUGCAUACAACAUGCUUGGAAAAGUUUCUGUCAAGCUCUUGGUAGAGGCAGCGUUCCGCAUUCCCUGCCCACCACCAACUCCUACACCAAAGUACUUUACACAGGUUCAUACCACAGCAAUACCUACAAUACCACCUGUCACCCAGGUUAUUACUAGCAAAAUGGAGUCCACCAAGGCUAAGAUCGUCACCAAUCCUUCGCUAACUACCACCCCCCGUGAUCCCACAAGUGCCGUCCCAACAACAGAACCAUUCCAAACAGACGCAGAGGUGACCUCUAGCAUUACAGUAACUCCCAUACCUGAGACCAGCUCAGCCUUUGACCAGCCCACCUCACCACCCAUGAUCAAACACAGACACUUCAAGGAGUCAGACUGUUUCCGCUACAUGUAUGGCUCCUUUAAAGACGAGAUCAUCAUCGUUGAACCUCCUCCAACUCUGUACAAUCCGCCACCCAAUCAGAUUUUAAAGGUGUCAGCAGCUAAAGUGACCAACACAUCUGUGAACUUUGUUGUGACAUGCUUGGGCAGUGUUCCCUCAAUGGCCUGUACUAUAGUGUCCGACUCCACCUGUCGGGAGAUCCAGAACAUAAUCUGUGAGGAUGUGGCCCCUAUAGGCAAAGGUUGCAAGAUUGGUUUGAAACGCAGAUUCCAAACGCCAGGCACCUACUGCAUCAACAUCACACUGGGAGUGCCCGGCGGCUUGGCUCUUGCCACAACCACAUCUGUAACAAUUGGCAACAGCGCAAACAAGAACACCCCUAAAUCCUCCCAUAUUACCAAGGUUGUUUUAUCCUCCAGUGCUGUGCUUAUUUCCAUCUUUGCUUUCAUUGCCUGCAUGGUGUACAAGAGACAUAAGGUGUAUCGUCCAGUGAGACGCUUUAUGCUUGAUGUUGAGAGAAAUCCUGGGGUUGGAAGUUUAAGCAAACUAAGAGCAGCACUGUUCCCAGCCAAUGAGGAGAGAAGCCGUUUAUUGACAGAGAGGCCAUUAUAGACUAAUCUGAGGUGUUGUAGCAACCAGUCUAUACAGUUGCUAUUUCUGUGAUGCAUCAGCUAAGCUGGUCUAUUUAUGAGAAAGACUUGAGAAAACAGUGAUCUCAUGAAGGUAAAACUUUUUUAAAUGAGAUUACACUAGCAUAUUCUCUUAUCAGUUUAGCUAAAAUAACAGUUUCAAAGUUAGAGCAUUUUAGUUACUGUCAUUUGAUUUGAUGUGACACUUAAUGUGGGAGACAGGACAAAGAAAAUUAAUCAUGGGAACUGUCACAUUAGGUAAUGCUCCGAGAAUUUCCCCUCUAGAAAAAGUUAAGUUUGAGGACUGAAUGGGUGCACUUUUUGUGGAUAAGGACCAGUUUCUUUCAGUUGAUGGUAAUCCAGGGCUUUUUUUUUUCGUUGUAAGAAAUCACUUUACUAGCAUGAUUUUCAAAAAUGUACUAGGCUGGGAAAUGUAUAUUAUUGCCAAGUUGCAUAUAGCUAUGCAUGGGUAUUGAUAAUUAUUAACAGUUUUGACAGCACUUGAUUAAUUUUUUUUUAGCCAAUAUAUAUUCUAAUAAAAUGUAACUUCAGUGAGUGCAGGACAUAAUCAUUUUAAUAAACUUCUAAACAACAA